AAUGAUACAUACGGGGAAGUGAUUAGUAACCGUAUCUGAUCUGGUUUUAAUCUAGUUUGACUUGUGAAACAUAUAGUACAUACAAGAUUACAUUCCUAUGAACUUGAAGAUUCAUUCGACCCUUACAACCACUAUAACAGCUUCUCAGAUCACUCCAAGAGUUCGAAAGGAAAAGGGCCAGUUUUCCGUUAAAGAGCCGAUCUUUGUAACAAUGGGUGAUCAAGAAGUGAAAUUGUUUGCUGCAUGGUCAAGCUCCUUUAGCAAAAGAGUUGAAAUUGCACUGAAAAUGAAGGGAAUUAAUUACAAAUAUGUUGCUGAAAGUUUGUCCAAUAAGAGCCCGGAGCUUCUUAGAUACAACCCGGUCCAUAAGAAAGUCCCUGUGGUAAUACACAAUGGAAAGCCAAUUUGUGAGUCUUUAGUUAUUCUGGAGUACAUUGAUGAGAUCUGGAAGUCUGGACCUUCUAUAUUGCCCGAAGAUCCUCAUGCCAGAGCCAUGGCUCGCUUCUGGGUGAGUUUCAUUGAUGAGAAGUGUUCCCCUGCAAUAAAGAGGAUAUAUAGGAGCCAAGGGGAGGAACGAGAGAAAGCUGUUCAAGAUGCUACGGAGCAUUUGGAAACACUCGAAAAUGAGCUCAGAGGCAAGAAGUUCUUUGGUGGUGAUGAGAUUGGGCUAGUUGACUUAAGUGCUACUUUCAUAGCACUUUGGCUUGGUGUCUUACUAGAGUUGGCGGGGGUAGAAUUGCUUACAAAAGAGAAGUUUCCGAGAUUAUGUGAGUGGAUUGAUAUUUACCUGAAUUGCAGCAUUGUUAAGGAAACCUUGCCUGCUAGGGAAGACUUAUUAGACCACCUACGCUCUCUAAGACGACCAGCUAAAUGAUUGAAUACGGUAUUGAUACUGCUUUGAUAUUGUUCUAAGCAGUCCUACACAACAUUUAGGUAAUUUUCUACAAAUGUCUUGUUUUACAUGUUUUGGUGGAGAGAGGAUCGAGUCAUUUAGUAGUCUAUGUUUAAAAUGUGCUGGAGUACUAGCUUUUUCAUCUUAGAGUCUGUUAUCCAGAUUGCUUAUAUUCAUCAUGACUUUGUUCAGUCCAAGGCUCUAAGAAAAUAAGUUGCUGCAGACUGAAUGUGUUGUAUGUAUAUCUAUUUGUCUAAGUUGCUGUCAGCGGUCUGCUACUUGAAUAUAACUACUACUGUGAAGCAUUGUAUGCAAUUUUUAUUUUCUUUUGCU